AUGCAGUUUGGGACGAGGAACGCGUUCAGAACACUGUGUCGUCGUUUGGCGUACUCCAGUGUUCCAAAACUGGACUCUAGAAAUCCCAAGACGCUGGUACUGUCGAUUGCAGAGCAGCAGCACGAGCCAGACACCCAGACAGAGGUGACUAUGGCAGAGGAGACGUUUGCGAUCUACGACGCGAAACCAAGUACUUUGGACGCUAUUGACAGUUUUCUGAAACUGAGCGAGGAACAGCGCGGGUUUGUGGCGAACACUGGCCUCACAGACCCGGCCACUACCACAGGUCCAGUGCAGCAGCUUCCAGGAGUGCUCGAGGCCAUCACUGGUGUUCCUGAGGAAGAGGUGCUGACCCACGAGAAUCUGACUGGUCGCACUCCUCUGCAGCAGCUCGAGUCGCUGAGCACGGGUGAUCCCGGCCAGAUCCGUUUGUCGGUCACCAAAAUUCUCACGGGAGCAUACUGCGAGCUGCAGAAGAUGUAUGACCUGUACAUGGGCGUUACUGAGGUUCCAUCCACGCCGGCGAUGAUCCGUGGAACCAAGGAGCACGAGCGAAUCGAGCUCCAGAUGCAUCCAGUGAAGGAAAUGCUGGUUGGUGACAGUACGUUGAAACUGGACACCACACUUUAUCUGCCGCAAACGACCGCCCCCGUGCCCGAUGUCGAGCCGCUUGAUGAGUCUGGUCCGCUGCCGGACUCUAUUGUGGGUCUCCUCAGAGAGUUGCUCGCGGAGACGUUCGAGAAGAAGUCUGCACACGGUCUCUCGAAAAACGUCUCACGGCUGGCACAGCUUGCAACGUGCGGCCAGGCGCGCGAGAUUUUGGUCCACGGGUACUACGACAAAUCGCAUGACGAACUGGUUAAUGACAUGUCUGCAGCAGACCCCCGCGAUACCAGUUUGCGGCCGGAUUUGGUGCUGAUCAGUGGAAUUAUCGACCUGCUCUCAAUAACCGGCUCUGACAACGCUUUUAGCAACUACCAGCAGGAUUUGGCCAUGGACGUCACCAACCCGCUCGAUCUCGCCCAGGUAGUGCCCGCCGUGCACAAGACGGCCGAGCUGUGGUCCGACGAGCUCGAGCUCUGUGUGACAGACCUGAAAACCAGAUCGUUCCGUCGUGCACCCCCACCCUCGACGCAGGAGUUCAACCUGGUCCAGGUGGCCAUGUACGCGCGGUUUCUGGAGAUCUUGAGCGCCAGCAAGGAAUCUGCCUACGAGAUGCUGCUACUGAACUUGCGCAAACGAGGAAUCGACCCGCAAACCGUCAUCGACCCUGCCUCUAUGGUAUAUCUGCUUCUCAACAACCACUAUUUAAUAGCCGAUGCAGAACGGCUCCAGAACGGCAACCCUAUUGGGUUCGCGCCGUACGAUACAAGCGCGCCAACCGCCCAGCAAUCAGCCCCGUACCUCCUGAACCUCCUGGCUCCAAUAUACAGUCUCGAACCGUCAGACAGCCGUGUCAGACUCAUCCAGAACACCGUCCCAAAACAGCUGGCCUUGGAAGCAUGGAAAACACCGCCAACGUUCGAACUGUUGGCUGCACGAACAGCGCAAUUGCUCGAAACUCUGAACCAUUUCAGAAUCACCAGCACGAGCGUUGAAUACUCGUUCGAAACAGACAUCUUUGCGAGCUUUGACCGGCCGUACAGCAGAGAGUUUGCCAACCACUCCAUCACCACGGGAAUGGACCUGUGGCUGGCCAAACGGCCGCCAAUGGGCCCCGCUAGUCCGUACACCAUCGAGAGGAGUCCCACGCCGAGGCUGAUCUUGCUUGCGCCGGCCUCCAAGGUGGAGAUCGACACGGCGGUGCUGGAUCCGGCAGAAGCUUCCGUUUCCACAGGCACCGAGACUGUCGACUCUAGCGCCAGUUCCACGGUCGAGGCGGUGGAGCUGGAGCUGGAGGCAGUGGUGGCAGUGGAGGAGGUGGAGGUAGACUCGACUUUGCUGGAGCUGCUCGAGCUGCUCGAGCUGCUUGGCACUGCGCUGCUUGACUUGGCCGUCUCGCUCUCGGGACACACGGUGGUGAGCACGGUGGUCACACCCUCGACAUCGGUUGUGAUCACGGUGACGGCUCCUGAAGAGCUGGCGCUGCUGGCGCCGCUCGUGGACGACGAAACUGGCACAGCAGAAGAGCUGGCCUUCGAAACGGAGGCCGACACGGAGCUGGCUGGGCAAACAGUCGUCACAACAGUGGUCAGGCUUCCAAUAGUGGUGGUAUGCGGAGGUGGUUGUGGUUGUGGUUUUGGCGGCGGAUGCGGAUUCAGAGGCCGUGGACGAGCCGGAAAGCGGACACAGAGUCGUCACCACGGUCACAUGGCCGGAAAUGGUGGUUGUGUAACUAGACACAAUCUCCUCAGUGGUCCAUGUAGAGCACUUUCCGGACUUGCAGCUGGUGAUUGUUUCUGUGGUGGUUUCUGGCGCAGUGACGGUUGUUCCUGCGUUUUGUGUGGAAGACUCUCCAGACAGCGGAAUCAGGCUGGUCACCACGGUGACGUGGCCCGAGAUCGUGGUGGUGUAGUCGGAAACGAGCUCCUUGGUGGUCCAUGUCGAGCAUUUACCGGCAGAGCAACUGGUGAUGGUUUCGGUGGUGGUUUCCGGAGCAGUUGCCGUGGAAACCGUCGAAGACUUACUCAGAGACGCAGAUCCGGUCUCUGUUGGCAGAACAUUGGUUCCAUCGCUCGAAGCACCGGUCAAAGGCUUCAGGUCGGUCACGACAGUAACAUGGCCUGA